CAAAGUGGCCAAUACAAAUAAAUCACCCGAAAAAAAAAGAAGAAACAAAAAAAAAAAAACUAGCUGCCUUCAAAUGGCGAAACGAAUAGCUCUGCCGUCGCAGUCGCCGCCUCCGCCUCCACUGCCGCCUCUGUUCAAGCAGCACUCGUGGUCUCAAGACGUUUAUCGUGAUGAGGCCUGGAUGAGGAAGACGGAGAAACGCCCCUUCUCCUCGUCGAUCUCCGGCGGCGGAGGUCUUGCCCGGAGCAAGAGCGUCACCGAUGACGAUCUCGAGGAGCUCAGGGGUUGUAUCGAGCUAGGGUUCGGAUUCGGACCCGAUUCGCCCGAUCUGGAUCCGAGGCUGUCCGAUACUCUCCCCGCUCUAGGGUUUUACUGCGCCGUCAACAGGCAAUACAGCAGCCGACUGUCGCGGACGUCGUCUCUGUCGUCGAUCGCGUCGGAGGGCGACGUCAGCAACUCCAGCUCCACGAUCUUCGAUCAAGGCGAUGAUCCGGAGACGGUGAAGCUGAGGCUGAAGCAGUGGGCUCAGGUGGUGGCUUGUUCGGUACGGCAGUUCUCCGGCGAACCUAAUUAACAUUUAUAUUUUUCAAAAUUCGAAAUUCAAAAAAAAAAUUUGUACAGAAAGGACAAUUUUGUAAUGAUAUUAUAGAUACCUAAAUUUAAAAUCAA